AUGGGAAACUGUUUGUAUGUGAAGCCAGCAACGAAGGAUGUGACCACCUUGAAUACAAGAGAGGCACCACCUGCUCACUACAUGAUCAAGAUUGAAUCUUUCUCCGUGUUAGAAAAGUAUGGAACUAAGAAAUACGAAACAAAAGAAUUUGUCGCCGGCGAUUACAAGUGGAAAAUCCUUCUAUACCCAAAAGGAAAUGCAGAAGGAACUGGCAGCCAUGUUAGCAUCUAUUUCUUGGCUAUGGCGGACACGAGUUCUCUUCCUGCAAACUGGGAGGUCAAUGUUUUCUUCAACAUCUUUCUCUAUAAUCAGAUUUCUGGCAAUUAUCUUUCUUCACCGGAUCCAUCAAAUGGUUAUCUAGUCAACGACAACAUUGUGUUUGGUGCUGAGGUUUUUGUAGUAAAAAAAGACGCCGUCAUUGAAUGUGUGUCUUUGAAUAAUAUCAAUAUUCAUUACAAGCAUGAUUUCAAGAUUUCGGACUUCUCCAAAUUGAACGAAUGA